AUGGAGCGGCAGCAGGAGCUGAAGGUGCUGCUGAAGCGCUGGGAAGCGGAAUUCCUGCGGGAACGGCGGCGGAAGCCCAGCCAGGCCGACAUCGAGGAAGCUCCAGAGGAAACCCGGAAGCUCUACAAGGAGUACCGGAUGCUGAAGCAGCAGGGAAAAGCAUCGGAUUCCUCGGAAAAAACGGGAUCCCAGGAAAUCCCAAAUGUGGAACAGGUGGAAGAUUCGGGAUUUUGGGGUUCCCACUUGAACCGGGCACCCAAAAUUCCCGGGAAAAGCCGGAGCGGGAGCGCCAGGCCGGGAAUUUCAGCGGAGUUUUAUGGGAUGAAGCUCAAAGCCAAACUGGGAAUGACUGGGAAGGAGCCUCCCCUGACCCCUCGGAGGACCCCAAAUCCCAGGAGAAUCCCCAAAAUUCCCCAAUCCCAGAAAAUCCCAGAGCGCGGAGCCGAAGCUUCAUCCCCGGAACCUCCACGGAAUGAAGGAGAAUCUGAAAAAUCCGGAGAUGCCGGAAAAUCCGGAGAUCCUGAAAAAUCCGGAGAAUUCUCGGGAUCGGGCCCCCUCACACUCCCGGCGGGAAUGAAUCCCGGUUUUCCUCCCGUUCCCGACAAAUUCCAGCGGCUGAAGCAGAGCGUGGCCCAAACUUUGAGAUCCCUGGAUCCCGGCUGGCUCCAGAGGUGCCAGGAAUCUCCUGAAAACCGGGAAUUCCCAGCGGGAUCCGUGAGGGAAAAGGGGGAAAUCCACACCGCAUCCAUAGGAAAUUCCGUGAGGAAAAGGCCCCGGGAAGGCGGAGGCGCCGCGGAGGCUCCGGCCAAGCUCCGGAGGGGUCCCCAAGGCUCGGAUCCGGGAAUUUUUGGGGUGAGGUCGAUCCAGGAGGAAAAUGAGGGUGAGGAAGAGCAGCUGGAAUCCCGAAAGGAAGCUGGGAAGGCGGCGGAUCGCUUGGAAAAAAUCCUGGAAGAGGAGGAAAAGGAGGAAAAACCCAAACCCACGCGCAGAGGCCGAGCCACUCCCCGGAGCGGCGGGAAUUUCGUCCGGCUCAACCUGAAGAGAAAAACGUAUUCCCGUGGAUGCCUGAGGGGAAAAUUCCUUCGGAAACAGGUUUGGAAGCAGAAAUGGAGGAAAAAGUCGGGGCAGUUCGGAGGCGGAGCCGAUGUUUGCUUCCGGUGUGGCGGGAAAGGGCACUGGGCGUCGGAAUGCCGAGGGAAAGAUUUGGGAUCGUUCCCGGAGGAAAUUCCUGAGGAGGAGGAGGAGGAGGAGCCACUUCCCACUCUGGAAGAAGUGGCCCAAAGGACCAACAGCGUUUUUAUCCCGGAGAUUCCCGCCAGCGGCGCCCGUGGGGAUAAUCCCCAGCCCACCCCAAAUUCCCUGGAUUUCCCACGGCCGGAAUUCUCCCCCUCCCCUCCUCCAGCUGCCGUGGAUCCCCUUUACAGCCCAGCCCCCGAUGGGACAAUCCCAGAUCCUCCGGAAGAAGUCCUGGAAGCUCUGAGGAAUUUGGGAUACGAUUCCUUCCGGCCGGGCCAGGCCGAGGCCGUCAUGCGGAUCCUUUCCGGAUUAUCCACGCUGGUGGUGUUACCCACAGGGAUGGGCAAAUCCCUGUGCUACCAACUUCCCGCUUUUCUCUAUCACAAAAACUCCGGGAGCGUCUCCCUGGUGAUUUCCCCGCUCGUUUCCCUCAUGGAUGAUCAGGUUUCCGGCCUCCCCCCCUGCCUCAAGGCCGUCUGCAUCCAUUCCAACCUUUCCCAAUCCCAGCGGGAAGCAGCCAUGGAAAAGGUCAGGAAUGGCCAGGCCCAGAUCCUGCUGCUCUCUCCGGAGGCUCUGGUGGCAUCGGGAUCCUCUUCCCUGUUUUUCCGGGAUCGCCUCCCUCCCGUGGCUUUCGCCUGCCUGGAUGAGGCUCAUUGCGUCUCCCAGUGGUCCCACAACUUCCGGCCCGCCUACCUGCGCGUCUGCAAGGUUCUCCGGCAGCGCCUGGGCGUCCGGUGCUUCCUGGGCCUCACGGCCACGGCCACGGCGGCCACGGCCCGGGACGUGGCUCAGCAUUUGGGAAUUCCGCCGGAGCAGGGCGGCGGCGUCCGCUCGGCCGCCGUUCCCGCCAACCUGCUGCUCUCCGUGUCCAUGGACGCCGACAGGGAGCAGGCCCUGCUCUCCCUGCUCCGGGCGGAUCCCUUCGGCUCCUGCCACCCCCUGAUCGUUUUCUGCACGCGCCGCGAGGACACCGAGCGCCUCGCCGCCCUCAUCCGCUCCCAAUUCCCGCAAUUCCCGCAAUUCCAGCCCCAUCCCAAACCCCUCGGCAAAAAUCCCGGCAAAGGGAAAACUGCCGGAAUUCCCGGUUUUUGCUCGGCUACCGCCUACCACGCCGGGUUAUCCGGCCCGGAACGGCGGCGCAUCCAGAGGGAUUUCAUGGGCGGCCGCAUCCGGGUGCUGGUGGCCACGGUGGCCUUCGGCAUGGGCUUGGAUAAAGCGGACGUGCGCGGGAUCGUGCACUACAACAUUCCCGGGAAUCUGGAGAGCUACGUGCAGGAGGUCGGCAGGGCCGGCAGGGACGGGAGCGCCGCGCGCUGCCACCUCUUCCUGGAGCCGCAGGGUCGGGAUCUCCCGGAAUUGCGGCGCCACAUUUACGGCGAUUCCGUGGAUUUUUGGGUCAUCCGGAAGUUGCUCCAGAGGGUUUUUGCUCCUUGUAAAUGCCUGGAAAUCCACGGAAAACUCCGCGACCCACCCGAGGAUUUGGAGCCGGAAAGCUCCGGAAUCCUGGAAUUCCGCGAGCGGGAAAAGCGCCGGCUGUGCCGCGGCCACGAGCGCUGCGUCCCCGUGGCGGAGCUGGUGCAAGCUCUGGAUCUGCGGGAGGAAGCGAUCGAGACCCUCCUGUGCUACCUGGAGCUGCAUCCCGGCAACUUCCUGCAGCUGCUUCCUGCCACCGAUUCCCGCUGCCGCAUCCGCUGCUCCGGAGGCGCCCGGCAGCUCCGGGAACUGGCGCGGAGGCGCCCGGCAGCUCCGGGAACUGGCGCGGAGGUGAGAAUUCCCAAAGAUUCUCCAAAAUUCCCAAAAAUUCCCUCCAUUCCCGCUGCCGCAUCCGCUGCUCCGCAGGCGCCCGGCAGCUCCGCCAGCUGGCACAGAGGCGCCCGGCAGCUCCGGGAACUGGCGCGGAGGCGCCCGGCAGCUCCAACAGCUGGCGCGGAGGCGCCCGGCAGCUCCGGGAACUGGCGCGGAGGCGCCCGGCAGCUCCAACAGCUGGCGCGGAGGCGCCCGGCAGCUCCAACAGCUGGCGCGGAGGCGCCCGGCAGCUCCGCCAGCUGGCACAGAGGCGCCCGGCAGCUCCGGGAACUGGCGCAGAGGCGCCCGGCAGCUCCAACAGCUGGCGCGGAGGCGCCCGGCAGCUCCGGGAACUGGCGCGGAGGCGCCCGGCAGCUCCGGGAACUGGCGCGGAGGCGCCCGGCAGCUCCGGGAACUGGCGCGGAGGCGCCCGGCAGCUCCGGGAACUGGCGCAGAGAAUUCCCAAAUUCCCAAAGAUUCCCAAAUUCCCAAAGAUUCCCAAAAAUUCCCAAAAAUUCCCUCCAUUCCCGCUGCCGCAUCCGCUGCUCCGCAGGCGCCCGGCAGCUCCGGGAACUGGCGCGGAGCUCCCCUCCCGUGGCCGCAGCCCUGGCUCGGGAGCGCUCGGCCGUGGGCGGCUCCCUGGAAUUCGACGUCGUCUCCCUGAGCGAUUCCAUGGCUUGGGAAUCUCCGCUGGUCAAGCGCAGCUUGAGGCAGCUCCAGUGGGAUUCCCAAAAAGGAAGGAAAAGCGGGAUCGCCGUGGAAUUCCUGGAAUUCUCCUUCCAUUUCCGCGCCUACGGAGAUCUCAGCUGCCGGGAAUUGGAUUCCGUGGGGGAAUUCCUGCACGGCCGCGUGGUUUCCCGGGAAAAGGCGGCGCUGCGGCAGCUCCGCUGCUGCUUCCGCGCCUUCCGAAGCGUGGCGUUCCAGAGCUGCCAUCCGAAGGCUCCGGAAAAGGAGCAGCUGGAAAGGAGCUCCCGGCUCAAGGAGCUGCUCCGGGAAUAUUUCGAGCGGGACGGAGCCGGAUCCGACGGAGACGACGAGGAGGAAGAGGAAGAGGAGGAAAAAAACCUUGGAAUGACGCGACCGAAGGAUUGGGAGGAGCAAGUCCGCGCCGACAUCCGGAAUUUCCUCGCCGCCCACCCGGAUGAGAAGUUUUCCGGCAGAGCCAUCGCCAGGAUUUUCCAUGGAAUCGGCAGCCCCCGCUUCCCGGCGCAGAUCUACGGGCGGGAUCGGCGCUUCUGGAGGAGGCACCUCCCGCUGGAAUUCCAGAGCCUUUCCCGCUUGGCCACCGAGGAGAUCCUGGCCUGGAGGUGACGGGAAACAGCGGGAAAACAGCGGGAAAACAGCGGGAAUGGCGGCGGGAGAGACAGAGCUUCCUCUGGAAUUCUGGCGGAUUUUUGUCGGGAUUUGUUGGGGAUUUUAUCAGGGUUUUUUCAGGAUUUUAUUGGGAUUAAUAACCGGAGUCUCCUUGGAA